AUGGCGGACUGCGUGACCCGCGUGUGGGCGCUGGCCAUCGCCACCGCGGCCUGCAUCGGCCUCCCGAGCGCGCUCGUCUACGCCAUCGUCCGGAUCGCGGCGGCGCGGCGCUACGGUGCCACCUUCGCGAUGGCCGUCGUCCUCGUCUUCUGGGUCACCAUCAGCGUCGCCUACUACCCGCGCGUCUGCGCCGACCUCGUCCCGUGGCCGCGCUUCAUGCGCCUUCCGCGCCGCGGCGGACCCUCGCUGCUGCUGCUGCUGCCGCAGCGGUCGUCGUCAUCAUCCGUGGCGCAAGUGGACGGAGACCGUGCUGCUGGCGGCAUAGGCGCGCUUCCUCGUGAGGCACCGGCCGCGCGCGGCGGAGCAGGUGUCCGCGCCGAUGACGACGUCCUGCCGCUGUCGCCGUCGCCGUACCCGUACGAGCACCAGCGUGUGCCUUUGGCCCAAAGGCACGGAGACCGUGGUAGUCGCAUGGCCGCGCUUCCCCGGGAGCCACCGGCCGCGCGCGGCAAAGCGCGUGCCGACGACGUCCCACGGCCGCCGUGCGAGCGGGAGCGGCAGAGCGACGGCGGGCCGUCCAAGUACUGCGCCAUCUGCUUGGCCGACGUGGACAAGGAGGAGACGGCGAAGCGGCUGCCACUGUGCCUGCACGUGUUCCACCGCCACUGCAUCGAUCAGUGGCUGCAGGGCCACUCGACGUGCCCGAUCUGCAGGUGCAACGCCUUCCUAGACGGGCGGUGA